AUGGCGGGACAGUACGAAGACCCAGUGCGAGUGGACCAUGUUCCAGACAUUAAUCAGGUCCUGGUAAAAGACAGGCAACAUCCUAAGAGAGAUCUGAAGACCCUCGCUGUCUAUGAACAGGAGCUGUAUAUCAUAAUCGAGGUCGCCAACCCAAAUCAACCACGAUGGUGUGGAUCUGGAGUCACAUAUAGGUCAGAUGAGGUUCAACAAGCACACAUUGAAGCAGUACAGAGCAGGCCAAGUAGUUUGCAGAUCCAAGGGAUUCCCUUUCAUCAGCGAAACACUUCAUUGUCUGGGAAGAUUCAAAUUCAAAAAACUAUAAGCAGUGGCAACUUCUGGACGGAUUGUACCAUCAAUCAAGAUGAGAGGCCUGUUCUGCGACCACGUUCAAGUAUCAUCUCUUCAAACCAUUUUCGAGCAAACCUUCUGUUGGAACCUAGUGUUUCCUCCGUGUCCUACCCAGUUCCUUCUGCAAGACGACGCAAUCCUCCUCGGACACUGCACCCAAUACAUUCCAGUUUAUCUCACUCUGGAACUCCAGCUGGAUCCAUUGAUGAAGUGGUGCAGAGUAUACAGUUACAAACAGCAAGUGAUCGCCUCUCUGCCCCAACUCUGCCUCUCAGACACAAUGCUCUGCUUCCACCUAUCGGUAGCGUUGAUAUCGAUCAUUCAGCUGGAAAGUUAACUGCCAGACCACAGAAAAUGCGAAUGUAUUCAAACCGGGCUCACAGUGCAGUAAUAGAUGAGACAAUCCAUCUGCCUCCAAGAAGCAGCUUUCUGGGGCAUGAAUACUUUACCAGGCCCAAAACCUCGCACACCUUCCGGUCAGAUAUUUCUUACCACCGGUCCUUCACUGCUCUGGAAUAUGCUCAUCAGUCACACACUGACAGGAGAUUUGCUGGACCAGAUUCCAAUUCCACUCAAGUGACUGGACUGAAUUUGAAUAGUUCCACUUCCUCUCACCUCGAAAUGUUGCAACAUCACAGCCACAGUGGGUCACUAAUUGAAGCUGAAGAGAAGGUGGAGGAGCAGACAUCACUGGGUCACCGUCUACCGCUUCCCAUCCCACCUAAUAUACGUGGAGGCAUUGGCUCGAGAAGCAGGACUGUGUUAUAGAAAACAAUGGAAGGGAGCUUAAUGGAAUCAAGAGGCUACCCCACCCAUCCUAGUGAAUGAUGUCUGGACCAAAGCAAGUUGUUAUUUGCACAAUCCAGGAACACAGCCAGCAAGCAGCACACCCUCUUGGUCUAGCUGAGUGGUUUUAUUCAGAGCAAUGACUGAUAUAAAAUAUGUCACCAGCCAUCUCUUUAGUUUGAACGCAACAUGAAAGGAAUUUUCAGUUCAUUUGCUGUGACGACCAAGUAGUGAUGAUUUGAUCAAACUCCUGACUGCUGGUACAGCAAAGCCUUUAUUCAUAGAUUGAUAUUUACCAGGAUAGAAUCGUGUCAGUUUAACCUGAUCUGUUUGAUUUACCUUCUCCCACACAGGCCUUUGCUAGCCAUUAGAUUGAUUUCGAAGGAAGCCUUAGAACGAAGACUUUCUGCCUCCGGUAUCUAUGACUAGUUUGGUUAUAGUUGUGAGAUGCUGGAUUUGCAAUUGGCUAUUGAAAUUACCUUGUACUGAUCUGUAAUGAUGGAGUAAAGGGAUCCCAGGAACGAGUAGAUUUAAGGGUUCCUGGAACUGUUUUGGAAUGGAGUUCCUGGAAAGUGUGGGAGGUAGGGGUCCUAGACAUGUGUGGGAGGGAGUGCUCAUGGGAACCUGUGGGAGGAAGGGGUACCCAGGAAUAUGCGGGAGUGAGUUUCUGGAAUGUGUGGGAGUUGAAGGUCCUGGGAAUGUGUGUGUGUUGGUGGUCACACUUGAAAUUAGCUUUUGGAAGAAGUUAUCCAGAUUUUGAUUUGUGAGCCUUAAAUUACAGAGAAUGAGAGUUGUGAUCUUUCAGUAUGGACUAGGAGAAGCCUUAGUGAACAUGUGACCUCCUGCUUCACAAUUCCACUGUCUGUCUCCCUGUUCUCCCAAACCCCAUCAAAGGAGAAUAAAUGUUUGGUUGCCCUGACUUGAGAAUAUGGGUGGAAUUUUUGUGAGUGAGCCCAGUGUGAACAUAACAUUGUCCAUUGAUGUAUCAAGAGCUAAGUGAGCUGAGGACAAUACAUUCCUCUCUUCACCCUUUUCCUGCCUUUGGGAAUUAAAGCUCAGAGGCAUCUAUUCAAACAAGUUUAUAGAGUUCAGAAUGAUAAUAUACUUGAAUGAUCCGCCGGCAGAUCAGAACCACACUGUAACUUUAUGUUCCAAGGCUUACUGUUUCAUACUUUAGAGAAUCUUGUGUUCUAAGUCGACAUUAAAACUGCUAAAGGAAACGUUGCUGGUGAGCAACACUGACAGAGAUAUAUUGCACAGAGGCUAACUGAUGCUCACCUGACAAGCAGUUCAGCAGUGAAGGGUACAUUCACUUCAAUUAACCAUACUACCCAGUACUGAUCUGAACAGCUUACUAUCACUGAUUUAAUCAGACAUUGUUCACACCACUCCAGAAUUGGAACUAAAAUGUUUCAUCUGUAUCUGUUACAAUGCUAUUAUGUUAAAAGGGACAUACGAAUCGGAGAAAGUCAUCUAGUCCCUGGAUCCUGUUCAACUAGUUAGUGAAGUCAAAGCUGAUCUGUAACCUGAGUCCAUAUACCCAACUUUGCUCCUUAUUUGUUAAUAAAUCUGGACAGUAAAACUAUUAAUCCCAGUUUAAUAUGAACAAUUGAUCUAAUAUCACUUGGUAUUGCAGAAGAGAAUUCCAAAUUUCUUCCACUCUGUGUGGAAAAGUGUUUCCUAAUCUUACUCCUGAAAUACUCAGCUCUAAUUUUUAGGAAAUAGACUCCCCCUUGUCCACUUUUAUCUAUUUUCCUUAAUAUCUUGAUCAGCUCAAAUCACCUGAAAGCUUCUGAAUUCCGGGCAAUAGAAUUCCACUUUAAGGAUUCUCUUUUCAUAAUUAGCAAUUCCAGUAUCAUUCAGUUAAAUCUACCCUGUACAUCCUCCAAAGCCAAAAAAGUCUUUCUUGAAGUCUGGUGGCCAGCACCAUUCUCAGUACUUGAGAUAUCAUCUGACCAGGACUACGUAUACCUGUCAGUGGAUCUCUAUUUUGUUUAAAUAGUGGAUAACUUUGCCAAAAUAAACCUUUGAAGUUUUCAGUGUGAAGCAUUAGAAUGUCAAAUUACUACCACAAAAAUACUCAAUUCUUAUUUUAAUACAUUCAAAAUAAAAUCCUACCUCCAUAUUAAUACCAUUUCCCUUUGACUCCUGCUCAGAUCAUAAUUGCACAUGGAUCCAAUCCACUCACCUUCCAACACUUUACAUUGGAUUUUAGUAGGUUUAUUACUGAUUUUUAGGAAUAUAAGCACUAGGAGCAUGAGUAAACAAUUCAGCCCCUCGAACCUGCUCCACCAUUCAAUAUGAUCAUGGCUGAUCUCAUCGCAAACUCAACUCCACUUUCCUCUCUGCUUUCAAUCACCCUUCAACCCAUUACUCAUUAAAUAGUUGUCUAUUUCCUCCCUUGUUCUCUUAUCAUCAGCUCACUGUACUUGUGAUUUGAGAGACCAAUCAGCUGUGCGGUUUAUGUUUUCUGCAAUUGAGGUCACUAAGUAACAGUCCGGGUCAUCUAAUGACCUUUGCACUUCUUUAUACUGUGCCAUUUCUCCUGUGCUGUGUAUUUUUGCCAGUGUUAAAAAUUACUUUGGACUCCCAUUGGUUUCUCAUCAACCACAGCUAAGUCAGCCUGGGAUGUAGAUACAUCAUACCCAUACAUUCAGCUGACAAUACUCAAUGUUGUGAAGCAUUUCAGAUUGAGCUGAAAACCUGCUCGCUUAAUCCUUCCCUCCCCCAAAUAAUGCUCAAUGUCCAAAGAUGAUCUGCAAGGUCUUUGUUGGAUCCAAUUCCACUCCAUCUUCACCCUUCUCCUCCAUGUCCAGAUUGCCAUCCUUCCAAAUGCACUGCUUCCCUUCCACUUCCUGCACACCUUCUGUCUCCAACCUUCCAUCUCUAGCUCUUCCACUUCACCCACUUCUCAAAUCCUCUAAUGCCCUUCUACACUUCAGCUAUGCAUUUCUCUAUUCCCAACCCAUUGACAACCACAUACAAUGAACACUUGCCAUCUCCUUCCCAUGUUUCCUCAUCCAACAGUUUUGCAGUGUCAGGUGAAUCUUUUUAACAACAUCCUUGCCACAGAUUCUGUGGUUAACUUUCACAUAUUUUGUCAACCAAUGUUGUUGUGUUCAGAGUGUGGGAGAAUAGCUCAGGAGCACAAGACAUUUCUGACAGUCACUGCGUGUUGAUAUCUGAGAGUUGAUCUGGAGAGGAUCAGACGAUUGAUUCAUUCAUUUAUUCAUUGAUCAGAGGUCAGAGGAUUGUAACGAUCACACAAUAGUUCUGCCUCAGAUUGGGAUCCAUAUAAAUCUUAUGCAUGUGUUGGGAGUGUACAGACUGGGGUAUGUGUAAUGGGUCGAUAAGAUAUUGUACUGAACAGAUUACAGAUUCAUUUUAAGGAAGUCUAAAGUCUGUUUUAUUGCUGCCGUGAAGAUUCAAAUACUAUUUUUGGUGUUAUUAAUUUUUUGUAAAUUUAUAUGCCAGAAUUUUUAUAAAUAUACUUUAGUUUUGAUUAUACAAUAAAAUUUAUGCUAACAUGA